AUGGCUGACAAGGAGGGGGUGACGCUGUCACUGGAGGAGGAGGAGGAGGAGGAUGCCGACGUGGCCCUGGCGUACAAGACGCCCGAGAAGAAGAGCCUGCGGGAGAUCCAGGAGCUGGACCCGGGGGACGAGAGCCUGCGGAAGUAAAAGCAGGCUCUGCUGGGUGCCACCCCUGCCGCCGUGGAUGCCAGCGUGCCCAACGUGCAGGUGACGAGGCUCACCCUCAUGUGCGAGCAGGCGCCAGGGCCCAUCACCAUGGACUUGACAGGAGACCUGGAGGUGCUGCGGGGCCGGGCCUUCGUGCUGAAGGAGGGGGUGGACUACAGGGUGAAGGUGUCCUUCAAGGUGAACAGGGAGAUCGUCUGCGGGCUGCGGUGCCUGCACCUCACCUACCGCCGGGGCCGGCCCGUGGACCGCGACGCCUUCAUGAAAACGCCCCGGCAGUUUGAUGAGGGACGGACAGACUUCCCCGUGGACCCGGCGCGGGGGCUGGAUGGGGCUGAGCUCACCCAGCUGCUCCGCGUCCACAGGCUGGAACUGGUGAUGGAGUUCACCAACGAGACCUCCGACCAGAUCUUCGGUGCCAAGAUCCCCCACCACAUGCUGCUUUUCCUCAACAAGUCAUCGUCAGCGCAGCUGGAGCUGCGGGAUGGCUUCCGGGCAGCCGCCGGCACCUUCCGGGGCAAGGUGCUCUUCGUGGUGGUGGAUGUGGUUGGGUACGGUGCUGAUGUCCUGUCCUUCUUCGGCCUGACACCUGCUGACGCCCCCACCAUGCGCCUAGUCAAGAUGGACAACAACCGCAAGUACCAGAUGGACCAAGAUGUCUUCUCAGACACAGCCAUACGCACCUUCGUUCAGGCGGUGCUGGAUGGCAAGGUGAAGCCCCGCCUGCUGAGUGCGGAGCCCCCUGAGGACUGGGACACGCGGCCUGUUAAAGUCCUGGUGGGAAAGACCUUUGAGCAGGUGGCGUACGAUGAGACCAAGAACGUCUUUGUCAAGUUCUGCGAGGGCUGGUCUCCGAAGGAGCCAGUGGAGAGCCACGGCCACGAUGGAGCGGGGCAGGGCCCCGGCUGGCAGGGCUGA